CCCAUCCGCAAUGCAAGGGAUAACGUGAACUAAUAACGUAGAAAUACGGGCCAGGCAUGCUCAUUGUUGGGCGAAGCCGUGUUAGACUGCGCGUCCCUUGGCACCCUUGGCGCACUCCAUCAUGUUCGUUUGGCGCUUUGUAUCAGGCGAUCCCAAUGGUUGACGGCUGUGCCGUGAACGCCACCCCGUUGGGUCGCGGAAACAUACCUCGAAGCAUACCUAGGUAGGGAUAGUCCGAGUCAGCUAGCUAGUUAGCCCCCAAGACACUUUGGACUUGCCCGCGCCGAUCGGGCUGGCUCAAGGGGGCGCCCGCCGCCCGCUGUGGCACCCAUCACUUUGAAACCCGGCCGCGUUCUGCCCUGAUUAGAUUAGGUAGAUACCUACCUAGGUAUCGUCCAUACAUAGAGCUGAGCAUCCGCGUCGGCGCUGGGCCCUGGGACGUGUCCAGCACCCGACUCUCUCACACACACACACCUUCCUCGCUCUACCUAAGCAUGAUCCUCCAGCCGCCCACCAUGCCUCGGCCCAUAGUCCCGGUUCUGUUUCUUGCGGUCCUUCUGCUUCUGAUUGCCUUCACUUCGACCUCGACAUCGGUAUCCCGGCAUCUCUCCUCGAUUAUCCCGCCGUCCUCGUCCUCGAAGAAGGGGCUGAGGUUCAGUCUGUUCAGCAAAGACCCGGUCCUGGAUGCGAGGCUGGCCCACGCCGAGCGGCUCUGGGAGCAGGCGGUGGAGGACCGCAAGGAGAUGGUGACGGCGUCGGGCGACAGGCAGUGGCCGGACGGAUACAUCUACCCGUACAACGUGUGGGACUUUGCGCGGCCGAGCUUCUUCUGCCCGCACGACCUCGAGCGGGUCGGCACGCUCGGCGACGGCGGGAAGGUGGUGUGCGGCCUGUCGCGCUACGAGGCGGCGUCGCCGGGACCCUCGGCCGCGACCAACCCGGCGCCGGAGCUAGUCGUCUACUCGUUCGGCGUCAACGACGACUCCUCGUUCGAGGCCGCGCUCCUGCAGCGCACCAACGCACAGAUCUGGGGCUACGACUACACCGUCAACGGCUGGGCCAAGCACAUCCCCGCGCACCAGGCGUCGCGCGCCCACUUCACCAAGGCCGGCAUCGGCAAGACCGUGGUCCGCGACCGGGAGCCGCCCUUCUUCACCAUCCAGGAGCUGAUGAAGAUCAACGGCCACGACUACAUCGACGUGGUGAAGAUGGACAUCGAGGGCGCCGAGUUCGACGCCAUCACGUCGCUGGUCUCGUCCGUGCUGAACAACUCCGAGAACAACGCCACGCUGCCGCUCGGGCAGCUGCUCAUCGAGAUCCAUCUUAUUGAUGGCAACGAUUCCUUCUCCACGCCGAAAGACUUAGCGUCCUUCAUGGAGUGGUGGUCGUCGAUGGAGAGGCUGGGGCUGCGGCCAGUAAACAAUGAGGACAAUUGGAUAGGCGACAAUAUGGUUGGGAAGCCGAGGUUCAUGGAGUACACGUUGAUCAAUGUUUUGGAAAAGAAGAACAAGUUGCUGUAGGCGUAAUACCAAUACUGGAUGUAUAAUUGAAUGUAUCAGAUCGAUUGGUUUUGGCUCUCAUCAUAGUGAGAAGAAGCACUACUAGGGGAGACAAGGGACAGUAGUUUCGUCUGACACCAGCUCAUGACACUGACACGGCAACACACAAAGGCAACAUGGCAAAGCCGAGGAUGCCACAUUGACAUGCACAUCAUAUUCCUGGCUAGGCGGCACCAUCAUGACACCAGUUCCGGGUGUUGCACCGAGGUUUGGUAGCAAAGGAGGCAGUAAUAUCAACACAGGAGAGCACUCCUACUACACUGGAUGAUUAUAUGGGUGUAGUCAGUAAAUGAAACGAAGACAUACCUUCCCGUCC